GCGCUGCCCUCACCUUUCGGGGGGCUCCUGCCCGGCUCCCCCUGCCCCGGCGUCACAGGGGCGCAGUGCCGUCAGUGCAGUGGGGAGGGCUCAGUGCUGCCCUGGCUGCGUGGGGUCGUGGGGGCCGUGCCGUGCCCACCCCCCCGUGCCCCGCAGAGCUUCGCCGUGCGCUCGCUGGGCUGGGUGGAGAUGAGCGAGGAGGAGUUGGCACCUGGCAGGAGCAGCGUUGCUGUCAACAACUGCAUCCGCCAGCUGUCCCUGCACCAGCACGACGCGCCCGGCGCGUGGGGGGGGGGCCGGGCCAUGCUGCUGCUCCUGCAGAGCCAGACGUUGAAGCUGGUGGACCCGCAGGACCAGAGCCUGCUGCACGCACAGCCCGUGGCCAGCAUCCGCGUCUGGGGUGUGGGGCGCGACAGUGGCAGGUGGGGGCAUGGGGACUGGUGGUGGGGACGGCACGUCUGGGGCUGUGUGGGAUCUUCUGGGCACGUGGAAGGGGGACUUGCGGCCUGUGUGAGGUCUGCUGAGGGGUACAUAGGGGUGCCUGAGUGCAGGGGGUGGGCACUGCACAGGACUUGGGGUGGGUCUGUGCACCUGGGGGGCCGUGGGGGAGUCCCGUGCAUGCAGAGUUCUGGGUGCUGGUGCAUCUGUCUGGGUGUGGGGUGCAGGGUGCGGGGGGUCCCACGCGUGCAGGAUGUGGGAGAUCCACGUGCUUGCUGGGGGGUCCUGUGCAUUGAGAGUGCGGGGUCCUGGGGUGGGUGGGAGCCUCGUGGGCUGGGUGCCGGGCUCUGUGCUUUGGGGUGGCGGCGCACCUGGCCUCGCUGACUCUGUUCUCUGGCUCUCUCCUGCUGCUCUGGCUGGGCACCCAGGGAGAGGUAGGGCAGCACCGCAACCCCGGCCCCUGCCUGCAUCGUGCUGCGCCGGGG